AUGGCUGGUGGAGGUGCUCCUACAGCCGGCUUUGAUGUCGCGCUGCAAAGGCGUCAAGCCCUCAUGGGCAAGAGUGGUCCAGCGGCUCUUGUCAAGAAUGGAAAGGUCUUCCUGAUUGCCAUGUUUGCCUGUCUUGGUGGUGUGCUUUACGGAUACAACCAGGGCAUGUUCAGUGGCAUCUUGCAAAUGCCUUCGUUUGAGAAGCAAACCGAUGGUUAUACCGCCAACGCUACCAAGAAGGGAUGGCUGACUGCCAUUUUGGAACUUGGUGCUUGGUUCGGUGCCAUCAUGUCCGGAUUCAUCGCUGAGGCUGCCUCGCGAAAGUACGGCAUCUUGAUCUCCACCGUUGUAUUCAUUAUCGGUGUUGUCAUCCAGAUUACUGCCAUCGCUGGCGGACACGAGGAAAUUCUCGCUGGUCGUUUCAUCACCGGUAUGGGUGUCGGUGCUCUCUCCACCAUUGUUCCCAUGUACAACAGUGAAUGCGCGCCUCCCGAGGUCCGUGGUGCUCUCGUCGCGCUCCAGCAACUUGCCAUCACAUUCGGUAUUAUGGUCAGUUUCUGGAUCAACUACGGAACAAACUACAUCGGUGGCACCACUCUCCAGACCCAGUCAAACGCAGCAUGGCUCGUCCCUAUCUGCCUCCAACUCGUCCCAGCGUUCAUUCUCCUCAUCGGAAUGAUCUGGAUGCCUUUCUCCCCACGUUGGUUGAUGCACCACGACCGUGAAGAGGAGGCCCGCAACAACCUCGCUUCUCUCCGCAACCUGCCAACUGACCACGAGCUCAUUGAGCUUGAAUUUCUCGAAAUCAAGGCACAGUCUCUGUUUGAGAAGCGCACUGUUGCCGAGUCUUUCCCUCACCUCCAGGAGCAGACUACCCUGAACAUCUUCAAGCUCCAGUUUGUGGCCAUUGCCUCCCUUUUCAAGACCAAGGCCAUGUUCAAGCGAGUCGUCGUUGCCACCGUCACUAUGUUCUUCCAGCAAUGGACUGGUAUCAACGCUGUUCUCUACUAUGCUCCCGUCAUUUUCCAGCAGAUUGGAUUGGUAGGCAACACUACAUCCCUCCUCGCUACCGGUGUGGUUGGAAUCGUCAUGUUCAUUGCCACAAUUCCCGCUGUCUUGUACAUUGAUCAGCUUGGUCGCAAGCCCGUUCUGGCUGUUGGUGCUCUGGGCAUGGCCUUCUCCCAUUUCGUCAUCGCCGUCAUUCUCGCCAAGAACAUCAACGAUUUCGAAAACCAUAGGGCUGCUGGAUGGGCUGCAGUCGUCAUGGUCUGGCUGUUUGUCAUUCAUUUCGGAUACUCCUGGGGUCCUUGUGCAUGGAUUCUGAUUGCCGAAAUCUGGCCUCUGUCCACUCGUCCAUAUGGUACCGCUCUCGGUGGCUCGUCCAACUGGAUGAACAACUUCAUCAUUGGUCAAAUCACUCCCGAUCUCCUCAAGAGCAUCACAUACGGAACUUAUAUCCUGUUCGGUCUCGUCACCACGCUUGGAGCAGCUUUCAUCUGGUUCCUCGUCCCCGAGACCAAGCGUCUCACCCUUGAAGAAAUGGACACCAUCUUCGGCAGCGAGGGAACCGCACUCAAGGACCAGGAGCGCAUGGCCGAAAUCAACCGCGAGCUCGGUCUCACUGCUCUGUCUGGAGAUGGCUCCUCGGGUGUCGAGCACGAGACAAAGAUUGUCAGCACCGAGAAGGAAGCCGUAUAA